CGUCAAUCGACUGUGGGCGCGGGUGGCUUCUCGAUGGCUAUCCAAGCAGUUAGUUUUUUACAAAUCAAUUAUAUAAUGAUAUUAGUCGCAUAAUGUAUUCAAGUGGGUAUAUUAAAUUGAAGAACUAUCUCUUCACGAAAUCCGAUUCCUGAAGGUCUAUAUUGGAAACACUAUGUUCGACUUUCUAUGCUGUUUUAAUGUUUGUAAAUCGUCCACAGAACUUAAUGAUCUGAGUGAAUUUUUGACGAAAUUGUACGAAGCAGAUGAAAAUGCAUUUCGACCAGGUAUAGAUUACAAACUCAAUUUACAAGCACAUCUGAACGGCGCCAAUUCGUUCAUUGACCUGUCGCCCGAUCCAUUGUUCGAGUUUGUCGAUGAAAGUCUAUUCCAGAACAGACCAACAUUUACAAAGUUCAUUGCACUACUGGACAACUACAAUCCACAAGUUGGUGUCACUGAAAAACCCACAGAACAACAACUGAGAGAAGAGGAUGAUUUUAUCAAAGAAUUACUGAAGACGAAAAUAAUGAAAAUGACUCACGAAUAUCUUGUUAGAAGAGGAAAAAGAAAUAUGAUUGGAGAUUACAAAAAUUUUGGAGAAUACUUGAAGGAGUUGUGGUUCAAACGAUAUAACCGUGGCGCUUUUGAAGAUUCAUCUGCUUUCGAACAUGUGUUUGUUGGCGAACAUAAGACUACGAAAAUGCUUGGAUUACAUAACUGGAUUCAAUUUUAUUUGAAAGAAAAGAAGAAUGAUAUAAAUUAUUUUGGAUGGAAGAAGAACUCAUGUAAUGAACACCUCAUCAGUGUAACAUAUGUCGAUGAAAAUAAAUUUAAGAAACCGAUCGGGACCAUUUUCAUUGGAUCUUCUCCGGAAUUCGACAUUGCUGUUUAUACUGUUAUUAAUGUACUUAGCCAAUCAUUUGAAACUGAUGUACGAAUAGGCGAAUGUAAAGUACGUUUCAUUUGUCAUAAGUUGGAAAACAAUCAAAUGGGUACAUGUCACAUGGAAUAAAUAAACAUGACGAAGAGAAAGAGAGUGAAAUUAUUCAUUAAAUAUUAAAAAAGCGUAUUGUUCUACAACAAUAUUAAUUGUAUAAAACAUUUCAAAUUAUUGUGAAUUCAUUUUGAUA